AUGGCACUGGAUGACAGAACCCGUUCACAAGCGAUGGCAAAUACCAUACAGAAUAACAGUCCACACAGCACUGAACAAAUUAGCAAGUACACUUCUCUCAAUCCAUACACACGCUCCUGGGAGAUUCCUAGAGAGCAUGUGACGAUAAAGCAGAUCGUUGGAAAAGGUGGUUUUGAAAACGCUUCUGAAUCAGAGAAAAAGGAUUUGCUGUCUGAACUGGAAUUAAUGAAACAACUUAAACCUCAUCCUUACGUCAUCAAACUUUUGGGAUGCGUUACCAAGUCUGAGCCACUGCUGGUCUUGAUCGAACAUGUUCCCUAUGGAGGUCUGCUGGGUUACCUGAGGAAGAGCCAUGGAUUAAAUAACACUUACUUCAAAGACCCGAAUAUCAAGCCGCAAACAAAUCUGACGUCACAGCAAGCGAUGAAGUUUGCUUGGCAAAUCGCUGAUGGAAUGUCCUAUUUGUCAUCGAUAGCAGUGAACCUUGCAGCUCGUAAUGUGUUGGUUGGAGAAGAGGAAACAUGCAAUGUAACAGACUUUGGUAUGGCCAGACAUGUGAAAGAGGACGACAUUUAUGAAAUAAAAUCCAGGGUACGAAUAGUUUUAAGACUCGAUGUUCUUGUAAGCUUUGGUCCAUAUGACAGAGAUGAUGCCUCACUGGAGUGA